CUGCAUUUGAUGAAGAGGUGAAAAACUUGGUGAAUGACACGACCUUGGCAGAGUACACAGUUGCUUUUACAGCAAUGUGCUAUCAAGAGAAACCACUUACUGCGCUCCUGUGAAUCAUAUAUGAAGGAAACAGGCCUGAAAUAACAUUCUCUGAUGCUCUCCUUAAAAUGAUUUGUGCGUGGCUGGUGAGAUCAGAAGCUUUUCUGACACUGAGGAUGCUGCCCUCUUCCACAGACCUUUCACAGGCCCCUGGGCAGCCCCAGGCUCAUGAGACACACGUCAAAGUGAAUGGGAUGACUGAGUCAGUACCUGCAAACCCUCCGCAAGAGGUGGAGAGCACCUCCAGUUCUCACAUCGCUCCAAACGGGUGUGCUGGUUCUCCUGUAAAAUUAACAAGUCCAGGGAGGAUCAUAGCCUUGCAUCAAGAACUAAGACAGAACCAUCACAAAAAUUGCCAGAUACCCUCUGUCGUCUCCUCCACCUCCCAUCUGAAGGCUGACUGCAACCUGCCUGUGAUCCACGAGGAAGCCCCUUGGCCUCUGCUGUCAGGGAUGAAGGAUGCGCUGGCGCUUCCAGAGCUCAGCACUUUCUGGGCCACGAAGGGGAGGGAUCGGUUGUCGAAAUGUGAUGAUGUAUUUGGGGGUCAAAUAGGAAAUCAGCAUGCAGGUGCUAUUCCCCAGGGAAUGAAACAGAAAAAUGCCAUUAUGAAUAAGGCAUGGCCCUCUAGAGAAAAAACAGAUGGCUCAACCUCAGCUCCCACAGCAAAAAGCUGUUUGUCAGACGCGUUGUCAGCAAGUAAGAAAGGUCGAAAUCCUGUGGGGAGAAAUCAGCUGCACAGGAAAGAAUAAAACCCGCAGAAAUAAAACAAGGUAAAGCAUCUCAGCAGCGUGAUUUUCCCAUUGUUACAACAGUACUAAUCAUUUUUUAAAACAAAGAUAUUUUACUAGUUAGCAUGGUCUAGCAACUAGUUUGAGGUGACUGGAAAAUUUACAUGAAAAAAGAGCUGUAAUACUUUGUAUGAUCAGAAUUUCUUAGAAAAUUUGAGGUCACUGAAAUCUGUGGAUUUUUCCGUAGCCAGGCUGCCUGCCCAUUUUCUUUUCACCACUUGUUUAUGAUUUGCUUUUCUCUUAACUGAGACCAUGAAGCAAUCUAUUAAAUCACUCUAACUUUUAUGUAUAACCCAUUUCU